GGCACCCCUCCUUUGUUCUCAGCUGGUGGAAGAUGGGCCAUCUCGCUCCGCUGGUUGGGCGACCCCAUCCGAGGCAAGAUGAACCAUGUGCCCUGCAUACUGGCUGCUGUUGUCUUCUGCCUGGGAUUUCCAAGAAGCCUGGUGAAAGCGGCAUCAUGUCCCGGCCUUCAGAUAAAUGCCACAGAACUUUGCAAGAACAUUUCCAGUGAGGAUGAUGAAGGGUCCUCCAAUUUCACUCGCUUGGUCUGCGAUAAUCUACAAAACGUGUCGAGGUGGAACCGUUCCUCCCUCCACGGCGCCUUUGAGCUCCUGUUGAAGAGCAAGGAAGACCUUCAGCCCCAAGCUCUGAAGGUGUUUGUCAGUGAAGCAAACACCACAGAGCUGGAGGCAGCCUUGGACGGGUUUCUUGGCAAGGUUAAUGCCUCCCUCAUCCCAGCAAAGCAGAAGGGCAUUCUGCUGGAGGCUUUAUGGGACGGGAAGCUGAGGAACGAAGAGCGUUUCAACGAGACAGAGUUUGUGGGGCCGUGGUUCCAGAAGAGGCUACGGCCCUUUUUAUCUGCCAUUUCUGCCGACAUCCUCCAGUGCCUUCACAACGAGACCAUGAGAUGUGCACAGUAUCAGGCAAUAGUUAAAGCCCUGGACCUAGAAUUUAAGGAGAUGAGCCACACUACCCAAGAGACCGUCUAUAGAAGUUUCCAGCUCUCUUUCCUGAAAGGGUUAAAAGCUGAAGGGUCUGCGUGUGUCGAUGGCCUCACCAACACCUCUGCCUGGCUCUCUGUCAACUUGAGGAGGUUCAGCCGAUAUGCCGUGUACACAGACCUGCUCUCUCUGAACGCUGCGUUCAGUGGGUUUGAUGUGCUCCACAGCUUGACCGUGAAGCAACUGGCACAGCUAACAGUCGCCAAUGGGACCGUGGAGGCAACCGAAGAUCUCCAGAGACUCCUGGCUUUUGUCACCGGCUCAACCGUUGCCGAAUAUAUUGAUGAAUUGAACAGACAAGUCAACCUGGCCAACAGCAGCCUGGAGACAGAGACCAAAGCCGUGCUGUUGCAACACAUCCUCGUGGCAGCGAGGCCGAUACUGCGGGCAGCAAACGACACAGAGUUCAUUCACUGGAUGAAUCCUCGCCUCGCCGGCUUGAUUGCAGGGCUGAACCGAACCCACGUCCCCCUGCUUUUCGAGGGUCUGCAAGCUAGGGCCUGCACUGCCAUCAAGGCUGUGGUGACUGUGCUUAAUAACUCCAUCGCCGACUUCAGCAACCCCACGCAACACAACAUUUACCAGGAGAUACGGGACCGGACAGCAAACUCUUCACUACAGUGCUACACCACAGACACCAGCUUUGCUGUGUAUUUGAGAGAGACAUUUCAGGGCUUUGGCGCUUUCCUGAAUCUGAGAGAUCUCAGAUCCAUCAUUCCAGUGUCUGGCAUCCAAAAGAUUGCAAACACGAUGGCUCCCGCCGCGUUGGCCGACCUGUUCUCCAGCCCUGCGUUCCUCAACGACAACGCCUUCCUGACCACUCUCGUGAAGACCUAUGAAAGGAAAGGGGACUUUAUUGACCAGCUGAACAAGAAGAGCAUGGUGGAGACCCUCCCCAGUGACACCGGAGCAGCCAUUCUGGCAGGCGUGUGGCCUGCGGUGGUAAGGAGUGACCAUGAGACGGAGGUGGAUGCCUGGCUCGGCACACGCCUGCCGCCGUACUUCAGCUUUGUCCAAAGUCCCCUGCUGAGCUCCAGCGUCACCUUGCAAGCCACGUGCACGGCCUUCCGCAAGAUCGUGGACAAACUGAGUCAUAACAGCACUGCUUUGAAAGUCAGCGAGCGAGAUGUGUAUCAUGCCAUCCAGGCCUAUCUCACCGCGAUUCCUGCCAGGCCCAGGUGCUACAACGCCAGCAACCCCAAGACAGCAAACUGGUUUGCUGCUUACCUUGGGCAUUACAUCCGUUACAGCAGCGCAGAAGAUGUGCGAUCAUUCACAAAUAAUGACAACACCGUGCUCCAGGAUCUUGCCAUAAACAGAGACAAUCUGAGACUCAUCAACCACACGCAAAUCCCAAGGGACACGGCGGAGCUGUACGCUACCUCGCUGUUUGCCAAGAACGCAAACUUCAGUCUCAUCGACCUGCCCGGCCUGCUGCUCUGCUUUGCAAGACAUUCGACUGCCAUCCAGUGGCUCAGCUCCGCUGACGCACUCAGUGUCAUUGCCAGGAUAAACCUCCACUGCGGUCCCUCAAACACCUCCGCGCCCGCAGAGCCCACCCUAUCCGACCACCAGCUUGCAACCAUGCUGGUUGCACAGGUUACUUCCUUCAAUGCCAACACCUUGAUUGCACUGGGACACUGA